AUGCCGGGGACGACGCGCGCGAUCGCGCUGUACAGGGCGCUCGCGCGCGCCGGGCGUGGGUUCAACGAUUACAACGUCCGGGAGUACGUGCGACGACGGGCGCGGGAGGGAUUCGAGGACCAUCGCGCGGCGCGCGGCGCGGACGCGGCGCGCGCGAUCGAGCGCGGGAUGGAGGCGCUGGCGGUGGUGCGACGACAGGCGGGGGUGUUCGCGCUGUAUGGAAAUGGGCGACGGCCGAGCGCGAUGGACGUGCGGUGA